AUGAGUCACCAAGUUACUAAAGGUGUUCUCCAAUCUAUUGACCAAAAUAUAACAAGUGGUAGUAGACAUCAUUCAAACAAAGUCAGUGAAACCAACACAACUAGUAGUGAGGAAACCACUGAACAUGCUACUAUCAAGGUACCUUCAAUUCAAGAUCGAUAUCGACUUGGGGAGACCGACGUUUCAAUCCAUUUUUAUGCAUUUCAACUUGUGUCGAAGAAUAAUUACAAGGAAUUACUCAUGGAAACCCAUAUUCAGCAAAUCUUGGCAUUGUCUUCAAUAUUCUUGGUCCAAAAAGACAAGUACAAUGACGAUUUAAAGGCAAUAAUAGGAAAAAAGACACUGGAUGCUAUUGACGACAAACUCCAAAAACAAUACAACACUGGUCGAUAUAGUGGGGAUGCCUUCGAUCCAGAGUUAGCAGAAAAGAUUAGACAAGUAGUCAAGUGUGUCAAGAAUAAAAAAGCUACUCGAUUGGAUGGUGUUAUCGAUUUACUUACGUUGUCCAAGAAUAAAAAUAAUAUUGAAAAGAAAUUGAUCAAGUCUAUUGCAAACUUGACAAGCACCACUAACCAGGAGUGCAAGGAUUCGUUGGCUAAGGGCUCCAUCACAAGUCAACGUCCAGAUUCCUGUGUUAGCGAAUUGAAUGGCCUUUAUUUUGGAUCGUCACUUGGCUAUGUUGAAAUCAUACGAUUACUUUUUUUUAUCAACGAACUCCAGGCCGAUGGAAUGUACUUUUUGACAGAAAUCGCAAAAGUCAAAGCAUCAUCUUGCAUCGAGGAUCUCGGUGCAUUCAUUCACUAUUUUGACAAUAUUGCUGCAGUCUUGAAAUGCUAUGAAAAAAAUUGUGUUCCCUUGCCCUCUGAUCAAAUCAGUACCAUGUAUUUGAAACGACGGCCAACAAUUCAAGAUGAAGAAUUUGAUGCGUUGUCACCAAGUAAGUCGAACAAGCGAAAAUCAGUCAGUAUGCCACCACCUCCCAACUAA